CUUUCUUCUCUGUUGCCUUUCUUCACAGUGCCUGGGUUGUUUAGUAAUUUGGAAUUCUAAGCUCAAGGUUGUCUGGGUUCUCUCUAGGGGUUGAGGAGAAUUCUUCCAAAAAAGGAUUUAUCAUUGUCUCUUCCAGGUGUCUUUGGGUCCUACCAACCCAGGGCCACCAGAAAUUGAGUUCUUGAGGCCAAAACUGGCUCCAAAGAAACAUCAAAGGAAGCCUGCACCAAAGGCCUCUCAGGGCCAUCUUAGAAGCCGUGUGAGAGGCCGAAUGGCGCCCCCUGCAGCUGUGCUCUCUUUGUUGCUGCUGCUGCUGCUCUUUACAGGUUGUGCCCGUAUGCAGUGUAGUGAGGGGAAGACUUACUCCAAUGCAAUCAUUUCACCGAACUUGGAAACUAACAAAAUCAUGCCGGUGCCUCAGACCACCCCCGUGGUGGACUGCACGUCGGCGUGCUGUGACCUGUCCAGCUGUGACCUGGCCUGGUGGUUUGAGGGCCGCUGCUACCUGGUGAGCUGCCCCCGCAAGGAGAGCUGUGAGCCCAAGAAGAUGGGCUCCAUCAGGUCCUACCUCACCUUUGUGCUCAGGCCCGCCCAGAGGCCCACACAGCUGCUGGACUACGGGGAGGUGAUGCUGAACAGGGGUUCUCCGUCGGGAGUCUGGGGGGACUCACCUGAGGAUAUCAGAAAGGACUUGCCCUUUCUAGGCAACGGGCGGGGCCUAGAGGAGAUGUCUGAGUACUCGGAGGACUACCGGGAGCUGGAGCAGAACCUCUUCCAGCCCAUCAGCAAGCAGGCGCCCCGAGGGAGCGCAGAGUACACGGACUGGGGCUUGCUGCCCGGUGGUGGUGGUGGUGGUGGCGGUGGCGGUGGCGGUGGCGGCGGCGGGGGAGGCUUCAACUCCUCUGCUGGGGAGAGCCCAGCAGCAAUGGCGGAGAAGCAGCAGGAGGAUCCAGAGCUCCAUAAACUGAAUGAGUCGGCGUGGACGCCGGCCCCAGAACACGCCCCAGAGAGAGGGUUGUUGCUUCCCUUGGUCACGACUCCAUCUUCAGGAGAGGAACUGGAGAAAGAGACUUUUCAGCUCCCGGAGCAACCCAGUAACAGCUCUGGAAAAGAGGUUCUAAUGCCUUCCCAUAAUCCUCCUCCAGCCAGCCCGGAGUUCAGCACAGCCACCAUGGAGGAAAACUCAGUUCUCACAGUCACCCCCUGGAACACAGAGCAGAGCAUUUCAACCCUUCCCACUAGCACCAUCCCCACUGAGUCCACCCCAUCUGAGCAACCUGUAUCUGCUCCCACUGUUCCCAGGACAGUGAAAGAACUCAUGGUGUCGGCUGGCGAAAACCUAAUAGUAACUUCACCGGAAAGUGAAGUUGAACUGAAGGCCUUUGUUGUGCCAGCGCCACCUGCAGGAACAACCUACAGCUAUGAAUGGAGUUUAAUAAGCCACCCUGAAGACUACCAAGGUGAAAUAAAACAAAGACACAUGCAAACUCUUAAUCUCUCUCAAUUGUCAGUCGGACUUUAUGCCUUCAAAGUAGCGGUUUCUGGUGAAAAUGCCUUUGGAGAGGGAUUUGUAAAUGUCAGCGUUGAGCCAGCCACAAGAGUCAACCUGCCACCCACGGCCGUUGCUUCUCCCAAGAGACAAGAGCUCACUCUGCCUUUGACGUCAGCCCUCAUUGAUGGCAGCCAAAGUACAGAUGAUACUAAAAUAGUGAGUUAUCACUGGGAGGAAAUUACUGGGCCCUUCCUAGAAGAGAAGACCUCGGCUGACUCCCCCGUCUUACAUUUGUCGAAUCUUGUUCCUGGAAACUAUACCUUCAGGUUGACUGUUACAGACUCAGAUGGAGCCACUAACUCUACAACGGCAACCCUAGUAGUCAACAGUGCUGUGGACCAUCCACCAGUUGCCAACGCGGGACCAAAUCAGACUAUAACUUUACCUCAAAACUCCAUCACUUUGAAUGGAAACCAGAGCAGUGAUGAUCACCAGAUUGUUCUCUAUGAGUGGUCCCGGGGCCCUGGGAGUGAGAGUAAAGAGGUGACCAUGCAGGGAGUAGAGACACCGUACCUUCAUUUGUCAUCACUGGAGGCAGGAGACUAUACAUUUCAGCUGAUGGUGACAGAUUCUUCAAGGCAACAAUCCACAGCUGUGGUCACUGUGACUGUCCAGCAUGAAGACAACAGGCCUCCGGUGGCGGUGGCUGGCCCGGAUAAGGAGCUGGUCUUCCCAGUGGAGCACACAACCCUGGAUGGGAGCAGGAGCAGUGAUGACCAUGGCAUUGUUUUCUACCACUGGGAGCAUGUCAGAGGCCCCAGCAUGGUGGAGAUGGAGAACGUGGACAAAGCUAUAGCCACUGUAAGCGGUCUUCAGGUGGGUACCUACCACUUCCGUUUAACAGUGAAAGACCAGCAGGGACUGAGCAGCACGACCACCCUCACCGUGGCCGUGAAGAAGGAAAAUAAUAGUCCUCCCAGAGCCCAGGCUGGUGGCAGACAUGUUCUUGUGCUUCCCAAUAACUCCAUUACUUUGGAUGGUUCAAGGUCUGCUGAUGACCAAGGAGUUGUGUCCUAUCUGUGGAUCCGGGAUGGCCAGAGUCCAGCCGCUGGAGAUGUCAUUGAUGGCUCUGACCGCAGCGCAGCGCUGCAGCUCACCAACCUGGUGGAGGGGGUCUACACUUUCCGCCUGCGGGUCACUGACGGUCAGGGGGCCUCGGACACGGACACCGCCACGGUGGAAGUGCGGCCAGACCCUAGGAAGAGCGGCCUGGUGGAGCUGAUCCUGCAGGUCAGCGUUGGGCAGCUGACAGAGCAGCAGAAGGACACCCUCGUGAGGCAGCUGGCAGUGCUGCUAAAUGUGCUGGACUCGGACAUUAAGGUUCAGAAGAUCCAGGCCCACUCAGAUCUCAGCACCGUGGUCGUGUUUUAUGUGCAGAGUGGGCCACCUUUCAAGGUCCUCAAAGCUGCCGAAGUGACCCGAAAUCUGCACAGGCGGCUCUCAAAGGAAAAGGCUGAUUUUUUGCUUUUCAAAGUCUUGAGGAUUGACACAGUUGGGUGCCUUUUGAAGUGUUCCGGGCAUGGUCACUGUGACCCCAUCACAAAGCGUUGCAUUUGCUCUCAGUUGUGGAUGGAGAACCUCAUCCAGCGUUACAUCCGAGAUGGGGAGAGCAACUGCGAGUGGAGCGUGUUCUAUGUGACGAUCCUGGCGCUCACUCUCGUGGUGCUAACAGGGGGUUUAACCUGGCUUUGCGUCCGCUGCUGCAGGAGACGAAAAAGGACUAAAAUAAGGAAAAAAACAAAGUACACCAUCCUGGAUAACAUGGAUGAUCAGGAAAGAAUGGAGCUGAGGCCCAAAUAUGGUAUUAAGCACCGAAGCACAGAACACAACUCCAGCCUGAUGGUGUCCGAGUCUGAGUUUGACAGUGAUCAGGACACAAUCUUCAGCCGAGACAGGAUGGAGCGAGGGAAUUCAAAGGUUUCCAUGAAUGGCUCCAUCAGAAAUGGAGCUUCCUUCAGCUAUUGCUCAAAGGACAGAUAAUGGAGCGGUGGUGAAACAGAAGGACACCCACAGGAAUCCUUCAGGACAGUCAACGGGAGUUCAAAAUCCAAAACUAACUCUUGUUAGAAUAGCGCGUUCAUGUCCCUUCACACUGGGCUGGAGGUGUGUGCGGUAUUUUAAAACGCCUGUCUUCUUGGAGUUUUCGAGACACAGAACAAAACUAAAACAUUGCUCUUUUCACUGAGAUACUCAUUAAUAGGAAUAAAGGUUAGGUAAGACGCUAGGUAUACACGUAAAGGAGUUCUGUGUUUUUGCAGCUGGUGCAGUGUUAUAUUCCUCUGUUAGGGUAAAAAUUAAUGCCUGCUUCUAUCUGCAGACCCUCAGGGAAGGGGAGUUAGAUGUGGAUGUAAAGAGGGCUGAUUUCUCUUAGGAGCUGUGAUUGCCUUUAAAGACGACUUGCCAAGUGUGGUUUCUGUCCUAGGACCCUUUGAGUCCGAGGGCUGUGUGUAUUAAGAUCAUUUAUAUGAGGUAUGAUUUGUCCUCUAUCCAGUCUUUUCUGUACUGAAAAGACACCUGUACAGAGCCAAGCUGUCCUGUUCUCACUACUUUGCUACUGCCAACCAUCUGUGCUCUCUGCAGAGAGCAGCUCUUGUAAGUUUAAGAGCUAAAUAAGAAUUGUAUUCUGAGGACCAGAGGCAAUAGAAAGGGAGAUGGGAUGUCAUGACUUAUAAGUGGAAAGUUGAAGGUAGCAGUUUAACAUAUUUUACUUUUUCUUGCUUCAAGAAAAGUAGACUUCACAGAGGCCUCUCUCAGCCCCAGUUUUCAUGAAACACAAGAAAACUGAUUCUUAAUUCUUAGACAUUUAUUAUGUGCUACAGGCCAUGCAUUUGGACCUCCAUCAACAGGAAAAUAAGGACUUAGCAACUUUGUCAUCUAUACAGUCGGCCCUCCGUAUCCGUAGAUGGGGGACCUGCAGGGAUGUGGGGCCCGUGGAUGCAGAGAUGGGGAGGUAGGGGCAGAUAGACUGUAUUCCCAAACUUGGAAAUGCCAUCAGUCUUAAUGAGGAUGGUAUGCUUAUGAUACUCGGCCCCUACAUUCCCUAAUAACUUGACAUAGACAUAGACAUUCACUUCAGAUGUUUAAAAAUAUGCUUAUUAAAUCAUUUUUCUACUAAAUAUCUUAUUUUACAUAUACAGGAAAAAAUCCCCAACCGCAAAGCAGCAUCCAACAGCGAUGAACUGGAGUUAAUUACAGCCUGACAAGCCUGAGGCUGGGGGCCCUUGGCAUGCUUUGUGGGGAGCUUAGAAUGAGAGGUGGGGCUCAUCACAGACAGAGCCAGUGUUGUGACAUCAAGCAGGACCACACCUAAGCAAUAUUCUGUUGCACAAGCUUCUGUCACACGAGGAGAAGACUAGGAUCGCUUUGUUGUGAUUAGGUGGAGAAGCAAGGAGGUUGAACCAUCAGGUUUAAAUCCUCAGGACAGGACAAGAGAGAAAAUAGUUCCCAUGGGCCACUGAAAAAGAAUUAAGCUUUUAGGUGCUUUUGUUCUCGCUGCUAAUAAUUCAUCCUGAUGAGACCGUCUUACUUUUAAUAAUUCUACUUUGUGGGGAAUGGCAGAAGUAAAAAGCCUAGGAGUGCAAUACUAUCGAUGGUGUUGGGAGGAAAAUACGAUGCUUUUUUCACCAAUAUUUAACUUCAUAGACUUACAGUUUGCCCUUUCCAGUGGCCAGGGUUGUUAUUUUUGUGUACAACUGGAAAUUUCUGGCAUAAAGGAUGGCAGCCCACAUAUGAAGUCAGCAGAGAACAGUGAUGGAGAAGGGGGGGUGAUCAUGUGUUAAGUACUAUGUACAUAUAUAUUUUACAUACUCAAUUGAUCCAUAUAGUCAACCUUGAAAAGUAGAUAUUAUUAUUCUUAUGUGGCAUGUGAUGAUCUGAAGGCCCAGAGUAUAAGUAACUUGCUCACAGUUACAGCCAAUUAGCAGGGCAUUUAGGAAUCAAAUGUACAUUUUUGAAGCUACAAAGUCCAGGCUUUCCACUCUCCUCCCCUACCUACACAAAUAACCUCCACCCUCAUCUGUUGGAUGAAAAAUUCUGGUGGACUUUUCAGACCACUUGGAAGUUCUGUUCCUAGGAUCAAGGAUUCCCUUUGUGAAGAGGGCAAAAGACCAAGGCAGAGGAGCCUCCCUCACCUCCCCUGCUGGGUCACUCCCAGGCCACCCUCUAGGUUGCCAAGUGUUGCUUCUGCCUUUGUCCCCCAGCCUAGCCGGUCUAAUCCUUCCACCACAGCUAGACCUUGAACCUAGGGUGGUCAAAAAUAACACCAUUCCAGUGAUCAGAAAGUGGGGCCUCUCCUGUUACCCUACUUACCACCAGAGCAUGAGGUCGACCAGAGGCCAGUAUUCUUUUUUUUUUUUUGGAAUGAAGAAACUAUUUGGCGCUGGUAGAAAAGACAAAUAAUGGCCGGCUCCAAACAGAGAUCUUCUGCGGACCAAGGCGGGGACAGCUCACCAGUAUUCUUCUCUUGUGCAUUUUCCAUUAAGGGCUUUGGGAAGAGGAAGCUCUCCAGGAGCUUUGGAUAGAUAAGAAAAGCAGGGCUGGGAGAGGGUGUUGGUAGGACCUACAGGUUAAUAAAACUCUUAGUUGCUGGUUAAGACUCGAAGGAGCAUUCAAACCAUGGUACGAAGAGGCCAAGCACCUUUAUGACUGAAGAACCUGCUGACCAACACGCAGUUGGUAAGAAGACGUACCAGGCGUCCUGCCACUGCUGCUACCUGUGUGGGCGGGGAGGAGGGUGAGUCCUGUUCUUUGUGUGUGUGAGGCCGAACCAUCAUGGAUUUUGGCUUGAGUCUUGGUCUCAUUUUUUUAAUGUUAUCUUUCCCCCAUGUAUUGACAAGGGAUCAUUUCUAGCAUAACACUAUUAAACCUAUGUGCUGACCUA